CACAAUGUUGGCACUCCUGGUUCUCGUAACUGUGAGCCUAGCAUCUGCUCACCAUUCUGGUGAGCACUUUGAAGGUGAGAAGGUGUUGCGAGUCAACGUUGAAGAUGAAAAUCACAUCAACUUAAUCCAGGAGUUGGCCAGCAAAAUCCAGAUUGACUUCUGGAAACCAGAUUCUGCCACACAAAUCAAACCUCACAGCACAGUUGACUUUCAUGUUAAAGCCGAAGAUGUUGCCAAUGUGGAGGACUUUCUGGAGCAGAAUGAAUUGCAAUAUGAGGUGUUGAUCAACAACCUGAGAUCUGUGUUGGAGGCUCAAUUUGAUAGCCAGGUCCGAGCAUCUGGACACAAUUAUGAGAAGUACAACAACUGGGAAACGAUAGAGGCUUGGACCCAACAAAUUGCUGCUGAUAAUCCAGACCUCAUCUCUCGCAGUGUUAUCGGAACCACAUUUGAAGGACGCAGUAUGUACCUCCUCAAGAUUGGCAAAGCCGGAACAAACAAGCCUGCCAUUUUCAUGGACUGUGGUUUCCAUGCCAGGGAGUGGAUUUCUCCUGCAUUUUGCCAGUGGUUUGUAAGAGAGGCUGUUCGCACCUAUGGACGUGAGAUCCACAUGACUGAACUUCUCGAUAAAUUAGACUUUUAUGUCCUGCCUGUGGUUAAUAUUGAUGGCUAUGUGUACACCUGGACCAAGAACCGAAUGUGGAGAAAGACCCGUUCCACCAGUUCCGGAACUGCUUGCAUUGGCACAGACCCCAAUAGAAAUUUUGAUGCUGGUUGGUGUAAAAUUGGAGCAUCUCGAAGCCCUUGUGAUGAAACUUACUGUGGACCUGCUGCAGAGUCUGAAAAAGAGACCAAGGCUCUGGCUGAUUUCAUCCGCAAAAACCUCUCUUCCAUCAAGGGCUAUUUGACAAUUCACUCAUACUCCCAGAUGAUGCUUUACCCUUACUCCUAUGAUUACAAACUCGCCGAGAACAACGCUGAGUUGAAUGCCCUGGCUAAAGCUACCGUGAAUGAACUUGCCACACUGCACAACACCAGAUACACAUAUGGCCCAGGAGCUACAACAAUCUACCCUGCUGCUGGAGGCUCUGAUGACUGGGCUUAUGACCAAGGAAUCAAAUAUGCCUUCACCUUUGAACUCCGGGAUAAAGGCAGAUAUGGCUUUGCCCUCCCAGAGUCCCAAAUCCGGGCAACCUGUGAGGAGACGAUGUUGGCUAUCAAGCAUGUUGCCAACUACAUCCUGGAACAUCUGUACUAGUCCAGGAUGCAAGACGCCAAGAAGAACCUACUUCAAAAUGCUCGCUCCUCAUUCUUUUUCUAUCCUGUUGUUUGCAUGGAUAUUUUCCAGAUCACAAUCUUUCUUUUAAACUCCUGGAUCUAUUAAACUACUUAGAUCUUUUAAAAUUAAACAUAGUAAAAAUGAUUCACUAUAAUUG